UUACACACGUUACGUGCCUCAUUAUCCAACUGGACGUGCAGAAGUUCUAGUCGUGUAUCCGUAGCAAUACUAUCACACGUAUUAAACAUAUGUAAAGUUGUAUCGUUUAUCCGGAUUAAGUCAUCUCCAUGAAGCAACGACAGUUGUCAUGUGGUUCGAUCAACGCAAUGCCAUGGAGAGGUUUCCAUUGAAAGGUACAUCAUCACCGUCACUUAAUGUCCCUGCUCAUUGUGCAACUGGCACCAAUUACAACUCAGUAUCACCUUCUCAGACGACUAAUGGCCUGAAUGGGCAUGGUGAUACACGACUGAGGAGUAAUGCAGUAGGUCGUGGCAGCCUGAGCAGUGACGAAGAUAUGUUGGAGAGUACUCAUCAGGGUUCCCAUACGGGGAACAAUGCGUAUCUGGAGAGGAGUGUGCGGCUGGAGGACACAACAUCACAUUUUUCAGCAGAAUCAGAUGAUAUACCAGGAAUCGGCCAAUACGAGGAUUUCCACACUAUUGACUGGCAGCGUGAUAUUGCUAGAGAUCGGAUGAGACAUCGAUAUAUCCUCAAGAAAAAACAUGAUUCCAUGUGGGACCUUGUGAAAGGCGCACACGACGCAUGGUCAGGAUGGUUAUGUGUAUUGUUAGUUGGCUUAUUCACUGGUGCAGCUGCUGGUGUCAUUGAUAUUGGUGCAUCGUGGAUGACAGAUCUUAAAUUUGGAAUUUGUCCGGAGGCAUUUUGGCUGAAUAAGGAGCAGUGCUGCUGGAGUUACAAUGAAACGACUUUUGAUGGAGAAAAUUGCUCGCAGUGGCUCAACUGGCCUGAAGUUUUCGGGCAAUCGAAAACUGGUGCAGGAGCUUAUAUCGUCUCUUAUAUGUUUUAUAUCGCCUGGGCAUUACUCUUUGCUUCCCUCUCAGCAGCUCUCGUGAGGAUGUUUGCUCCGUAUGCUUGUGGUUCUGGUAUUCCUGAGAUAAAAACCAUUCUGAGUGGAUUCAUUAUUCGUGGAUACCUGGGAAAAUGGACUCUGAUAAUAAAAUCAGUUGGACUGAUACUCUCGGUAUCAGCCGGCUUGAGUCUUGGAAAAGAGGGACCGAUGGUGCACAUUGCCUGUUGCAUUGGAAAUAUAUUUUCGUAUUUAUUCCCAAAGUACGGUAGAAAUGAGGCAAAAAAGAGAGAGAUUUUAUCAGCUGCAGCCGCUGCUGGUGUAUCUGUGGCUUUUGGAGCACCUAUUGGAGGUGUUCUUUUUAGUUUGGAAGAGGUCAGUUAUUAUUUCCCUCUGAAAACACUGUGGCGAUCAUUUUUCUGUGCCUUGAUAGCAGCCUUCGUAUUACGUUCCAUCAAUCCCUUCGGAAAUGAGCACUCAGUAUUGUUUUAUGUGGAAUACAAUAAACCUUGGAUAUUCUUCGAGUUGAUUCCGUUUGUGAUGCUUGGAGUAAUUGGGGGCGUGAUAGCAACAUUAUUUAUCAAAGCAAAUUUAUUCUGGUGUCGUUACCGAAAGACAUCAAAAUUGGGACAGUAUCCUGUAACCGAAGUCCUUGUUGUAACAGUACUCACAGCUGUAAUAGCAUAUCCAAAUCCCUACACAAGAAUGAGCACGAGUCAACUGAUAUACCUGCUAUUCCGCAAGUGUGGAGUGGCGAAUGGAGAUAUGCUAUGCGAUUACAGUCGAAAUUUUACCAAUGCAAAUAUCACUAUUGAAUCGGCAGGAGCUGAAUCUGGAGUUUACAAAGCUGUUUGGUUACUUGUGAUGACGUUGAUCCUGAAACUAGUCAUGACGAUAUUUACAUUUGGCAUUAAAGUUCCAUGUGGAUUAUUCAUUCCAUCACUCUGUCUGGGGGCUAUUGUAGGAAGAAUUGUUGGCAUUGGAAUGGAACAGCUUGCUUUUAACUAUCCACAAAUGCGCAUGUUCAGCGAGGAGUGUACCAUUGGAACUGAUUGUAUCACUCCGGGGUUGUAUGCUAUGGUGGGAGCAGCUGCUGUUCUUGGAGGUGUUACAAGGAUGACCGUGUCUUUGGUCGUCAUUAUGUUUGAAUUGACUGGAGGGGUGAGAUACAUUGUUCCUCUCAUGGCUGCUGCCAUGGCCAGUAAAUGGGUCGGCGAUGCUUUAGGGAAACAGGGAGUCUAUGAUGCUCACAUAGGCCUCAAUGGAUAUCCUUUUCUGGACAGUAAAGAGGAGUUCCAGCACACCACUCUUGCAGCUGACGUUAUGCAACCGAAGCGCAACGAGGCCCUCCACGUCCUCACCCAGGAUUCUAUGACAGUAGAAGAUGUUGAGAAUCUCCUCAAAGAUACUGAGCACAACGGUUUCCCCGUAAUUGUCUCAAAAGAAUCGCAGUACCUUGUUGGAUUCGUGCUGAGACGUGAUCUGAAUCUCGCUAUUGCAAAUGCUAAACGAAUGAUUGAGGGCAUUACGAGACAAUCACUUGUCAUAUUUACCAGUGGGAAUAAUUUACAAGUGCAUUCUCCGCCUCCACUGAAAUUGAAGAAAAUACUCGAUAUGGCUCCUAUCACAAUUACUGAUCAGACGCCAAUGGAAACUGUUGUUGAUAUGUUUAGGAAAUUGGGGUUGAGGCAAACGCUUGUUACGCAUAAUGGUCGAUUGCUGGGAGUAAUAACGAAAAAAGAUGUAUUACGGCAUGUGAAGCAACUGGAUGACGAGGAUCCAAACUCAGUUCUAUUCAAUUGAAGAAUGAACAUCACAUUAUUUCUUCUAGAUCAUCUACCCGAAAGUAUAUCUUCUUCCAUCAAAGAAUCAUCAAUUUUUUUAUAUUUAUUUCUCUACUUUCCCCGUGAGAUUAUUCACUCUUGAUAGAUUCAUGCAGUUAUCAUUAAACAAGUAUUUUUAUCAUUCACAUGAAGGAAAAAAAGAAAACCAAGAAGAAAUCGCUCAAUUUUGGUGAUAGAUGCAAUUAUUGAAGGAAUGGAUAAUUAAUAAUUUUAAAAUAAUGUUAUGAAAUCAUCACAAUCAUCCAUAUUGUUCCCAUCGAAAGUCAUAUUUGCCAUCACGCUAUUUACAGCAGUUAAUUGUAAUUAAUAAAUGCAAAUUAUUUCCAUCAAUUGGGGAUGUACAUCUUAUUAUUAUUUAUAACUGAUAAAAACUGCAAUUAUAGAGAAAUUAAUCAUUUGAAUCGUCAAAAAGUACGUCAACUAGGUCCACUCACUGACAAUUAUGAAUAUAAUACAAUUAGGUUUAAUUGUAAAAUGUUGUAGAAAAAGGGAUAUGAAAUUAUUGCAAUUUCAUUAAAUUAACGAAUAUCGAUGUUAUUGUGACCUCACGAUUUCAUUGUAUUGAAGAAAUGUUUUUAAUUUGUAAAUAAAUAAAAUAUUAUGUGCAUAUAAUA